AUGGUAAAUUUGUCGAAUCCGCUCCCCCAAAAGACUAUCCUAUUGUUCCAGGGCCUUCUCAUACGAAACUGUCACUGGGAAGUUGCUGUCUAUAACCCGAAGACAUCGUGUAAAGCCUCAGGAGCACACGGUCUUCCCGCUUGGCUCAGAAGCAGCGUGCUAGGACACGUCUCUUCUGGACAGGCCCUAUGUUGCCAGCUUGGCUUGAUUGCCCACCCAUCAAAUGUAUGGGAGCGGGCGACUCGUCGCGACUCCGAUACCGUCUUCGAGUGCGAACUCUGA